AUGACCACUUAUCAGGGAGCGCAAAUCAAUAGCGGCGGGAAACGUUGUUAUAAAAGACCAGCAAGACCGAUUUCCCUUGUCUUUUUCGAAACUUUGACAAAUUUCGCAGAAGUCAUGGUCAACUACAAAUUCACUUAUUUCAACCUUCGUGGCUUUGGCGAGCCAGCUCGUUUGGUAGGCUCUUUGGUUUCACUUUGAACGUUCAAAAUGUGUUGAAAUACCUCAUAAUUUUCACGACUUGGCCGUGUCCGCUCGUAGAAUGUCUUGAAGCGCCGCGGCAACCUUGUUCUAAUGCUUUCCGAUGCCUUACUUCCAAAAUCGUUUUGAGUCGGGUGCGGUUUUUUAGAUAAGCCAUUCCUACAAUCAUAUAGAAAUUUAAAUGAUAAACGCGAAGAUCCAAAAAGUGAUAAUUAUGUUUUAAAAAUUGUAUAGUUCGAUCAGAUCGGAUACCUCUCUAUUAAAAAUUUUUGGAAUUGAAGCUUUUUCUCCAGACUUCCCUUAAAUUUUGAAAUUCCUGAGAAUUAUUGUUUUUCCUCCUUAAACUUAUUCUUUUGCAGCUCUUCCACCUGUCUCACACUCCAUUUGAAGAUGAUCGGAUAGAGUUCGAAGAUUGGCUUGAUCGGAAACCAAGUAUUUUCUAACUUCCUUCUUCAAAAUAUAAAGGGUACUUUAGGCACGCCUUUCGGCAAAGUUCCGCUUCUAGAAAUCGACGGCGUUGUGUACAAUCAAUCGCUGGCCAUUACUAGAUAUUUAGCUCAUAAAUUUGGUGAUUCGAAAAAAUCCUAACAUUUAACAAAAUCGUUUAGGACACGGCGGAAAAGACCUUGAAGAGCAGCUAUUGGUAGACAGCUGGGCCGAGCAACAACGACAAUUUUUCAUGGACUCUCAUUCUGCCUAUUCUGGGGCGGUUCGGUUGGGAAAACCGGCCGAGGAACAGGUGAGGAUUUGUUUUAUUCAACAUUAAAUUUAAAGUACGAAUUCUGAAAUAAGAACAGCCGAUACAGCUAGAAAAAAACCCCGAAUUCGGCCUUUUUCUUCUCAUACUCCUUUUACUAAAUUUGAUUUUCGGGUAGACUUAUUAUCCCAAAUCGAGAAAGACAUAUUUUCGUCCAAAAGGAAUUUAAAAAGGAUCACAAAAUAAAUUUUUUGAAGCUAUUGUCGCUCUGAAUGUGCGUCAAUGAAACUGCAGAUGUUUUUUUUUAUCACUUUUAACAAAAUAAAAAAAAAAACUUUCCUCAAUUACCAAUCAGAAUGAGCUUUUUUUAAAGAGGGUGAUUAAGCAGCUGUUUUUAUUACAACUUGAAAGAGGUAAAAAAAUUAAUGUUCCAUUCUUUUUGUUCUUUCCAGCUUUCCAUUUCGCGAAAUGAAAAUCUUUUGGCUAUAGAAUUGGCGUAAGUAGCUCAAUUGAUCUAACUUCAAAUUUUCAGGAAAAACUGCUGAAAGAACUUGAAGCAGCCCUACCCGAAUGGUACACGAAAAUUACGGAUCAGAUCAAAAAAGCGGGCUCAGGUGUGUUUCAGUCAAACAACGAAAAUAACAGAUUACUAAAAUUAAUGGAUAAUUGAAGGUUUUAUCGCCCCCAGUGGCAUAACCUAUGCUGAUCUCUGGAUCGCUGACCACAUAACUUCGCUUCACAAGGCUUUGCCCAAAAUUUUGGAGGAACAUUCUGAGGUUUUUUUCGUAUCUUUUUUUUUUUUUGUAAAUUCAAUACACUCAACUUUCAGAUCGCCAACUAUCACAAGCGGGUCCACGAGAUUCCUGAGAUUGCCCAGUACAUCACAACGCGACCAGAUACGGCAAUUUAA